AUGAAUACCAAGAGAGUAAAAACUAAGGAAAAAUGUCCCGAAUGCAACAAAGAUAUAUAUUGUUUUGUUAAUCCUAUUGAUUCUCAAUCUUAUUAUUGCAAACCUUGCAAUGCCAACCAUUUUCGUAAUAAUUUUCAAUUUUGGGAUAGUGGUGACUCGAAUGUUAAUAACUUAAUUAGAGAAUCGCAACUCAAUGCAGAUAGAAUGGGAGAAUUAAUUGAAUGGAUAGACUAUUCGAAUUUCGAAAAAGUUAAAUCUAUUGGAGAAGGUGGUUUUGCAAGCGUCAGUAAAGCUAUUUGGAAAGACGGACCAUUAUUGCGCAUAGGGUUCGCGUGGAGCCUUGAAGAAUCAAAAUGGAAACGAGAAGGUAAAACUAAAGUAGCCUUGAAAAGACUUCGAAAUUCCACAAAUUUGACAUUAGAUGUUUUAAAUGAGAUUAGGUGCAAUUUAAAUUUUAAUGGCCAUGGUAUUAACCGGUUGUAUGGCAUUACUCGCGAUCCUCAAACAAAAGAAUAUAUUAUAAUCUCUGAGUUUAAGCCUGGUGGAAAUCUUAGGAAUUUAAUUCGAACGCAUUACUCUAAUAUAACUUGGAGAAUGGUUAUUUACAUGCUCUCUAAUAUUGGAGAUGGAUUACAUAAGGUUCACGAAAAUAAUUAUUGCCAUAAAGAUUUACAUAGUGGCAAUAUCUUGAAUCAAAUUUACAGCGAAAAGAGCUUUGAUUCAACAAUUUCUGAUUUUGGCUUAUGUCGCCCGGCCAAUGAAAAUUCGGUCGAUCAGUCACUAUAUGGAGUCUUGCCAUUCGUGGCGCCAGAAGUAUUGCGUGGAGGAAAGUUUACUAAGGCAGCAGACAUCUAUGGGUUUGGUAUGAUCAUGUUUGAAAUACUCUCUGGAGAACCGCCGUUUAUUGACAGAGAGCAUGAUAUUCACCUAGCACUAGCUUUAUGUGAGGGUGAACGUCCGCCAAUUCCAAAGUAUGCGCCCGAGCCAUAUAUCAAAUUAAUGGAACAAUGUUGGAGCCCUGAUCCUAAUAAUCGCCCAACUGCCUACGACUUGAGCGAAGAAUUAAUUAAGUGGUUGAAUGAAUUAGAACAUGAUCAUGUUUUGCUACAAUUAUUUACCAAAGAACGAGAAGAAAUGUGGAGAGCACGAUUAAGGGAGUUGGUGGAAAACCCGCGACCUUUAAAGGCAUCACAAAAUUUACUUACUAGCAAACGCUUUGAUUAUGUUAGACAACUAGGAAUGAAUGUCGUUAAUAAAAUUGGAACAAGUAAUGACG